CACACUGCACACAUAUUUGUUGUUGCCAGCCGUUGCGUCGCGUGUGUCGCUUUGCGUAACGUUUAAAGUUUUGAUUUUCUCCGGUAGCUGCAACCGCCAAAAGAAAUGGUGCUGACCAAGGAAUACCGUGUGUGCAUGCCGCUCACCGUGGAGGAGUACAAGAUCGGCCAGCUUUAUAUGAUAGCGCGCCAUAGCCUGGAACAAUCGGAGGAGGGCGAGGGCGUCGAGGUGGUGGAGAACAAACCUUGCGAGGAUCCUGUCCACGGGAAGGGUCAGUACACGGAGAAGCACAUCCACUUGUCCAGCCGACUGCCCUACUGGAUACAGGCCAUCUGCCCGCGCGUCUUCUAUGUGAUAGAGAAAUCCUGGAACUACUAUCCCUACACGCUAACAGAAUACACGUGCUCCUUUAUACCCAAGUUAAACGUGCUCAUCAAAACAAAGUACGAGGACAAUAAUGGCAGCACAGAAAACUGUUUGGAUCUCAACGAAGAAGAGCUGAAAGUGCGAACUGUGGACCAUUUGGAUAUAGCUUUUGAUGAAGUCAGUGCCAAGCAUUAUAAGAAGGAGGAAGACCCCAAGUUCUACAAAUCAGAAAAGACGAAUCGCGGUCCACUAAUUGAGGGAUGGCGAGAGACGGACAAGCCCAUCAUGUGCUCCUACAAGGUGGUACAUGCCAGCUUCGAGGUCUGGGGCCUGCAGACCAAAGUGGAGGACUUUAUCCAGCGUGGGAUUCGGGAGAUUCUCCUGCUGGGUCAUCGGCAGGCCUUUGCGUGGGUGGACGAGUGGCAUGGCAUGACGCUCGAGGAUGUCAGAGCCUACGAACGCCAAAAGCAGGCCGAGACCAAUGACAAAAUUCACAACACCAGUGGUGUUGCUAAUGAGGCGGCUGGCGAUGCUGCUAGCGAAGCAAUUCAAGGUGGCGAUAUUGAUUGAGAUUUCUUCGACAAAAUAGAGUAGUUAAAGAGACAGCAUGCAGGCAAAUUGUACCUUCAAGUUUCAUAGGAAAUAUCUUAUUAACAUACGCAUAUUCGUGUAUAUAUAGUAUAUAUCAAUGUCGAUGCAUUUCACCGGUCCAAAGAAGCUCAGAGCUCUAGUAACUGCCUGCAGCGUUUUAAAGUACAAUGCACAAGCACCUAGCUGGAAACUCGAAACCAAAUAAUUGUUAAAAACUAGACCAUGCAACUUUUAGUCAAACUUACUAUAUAUAUGCACACCCGCACUCUAGUGAACGGUUUGUGUUAACUAUAUCCCCUAGUCUAGUAUAUUUUUGGUGUACAAAUACAGAACGAUUAAAGCUAUUAGUAAAGAACCUA